GUUGAGGAGUGGAAUUUCUUUUAUAGUAAAUAUAUUAAUCUUAAAUGUUAAGUUCUAAGGCAAAAGUAGAUCGUGUAUUACGUUAAUUUACAGAGAAGAAAUUUUUAAUAAGAGUGAAUUUCAAUGUACCAAUAAAAGAAGGGAAAUGAAGAAUGCAACUAGAAUCUAAAGAGCUAUUCCAAGUAUAAAGAAGAUUCUAAAAUAGAAUCCAAAGAAUGUUACAUUAAUAUGGAAAGAACAGAUGGAAAGAGGUAAGAAAAGUAUAAUAAAUUAUAGAGUUGAAAAAGAUUCCCUGAAAAUAGUAGUUACUAAGUUAGAAGUAUAUUUGGGAACAAAAGUUAAUUUUGUUAAUGUUGAAGUAUUGAAGCAGCGAAUGCUGAAAGGGAUAAAUUGAUUUAUUAGAAAAUUUAAGAUUUCAAAUAUAAGAGGAAUUAAUGGAGUUGAAACAAAAAUAAAGCUGAUUAAGAGAGUCUUAGAAAUUUAGAAAAGAAUUAUCAGGAUUAAAAGAUAUAUGGUUGGCAUCAAUCAUAAAAUAAGAGUUUUUGGUUAUUUGAUGAAAAAAAAAUUUGAUUAGUGAUAUUAUUAAUCUUGUUGGAGUUAAUAAAACAAAUGAUAAACUUAGUUAUGUCUGUACUGGAGAAGGUG